AUGACGAUGAACUCCUGGAGUGCUGUCACCAAGACUCAAAUGCCGAAAGGUUACAAGGACACGUAUAACCCACUUGUAGACGCUACAACACUGAACGUUGGUGGCCUGGCCUUCAGAUGGGGUCAUUCGACCGUUCGGCGAGAUAUAGCCCUUCUAGAUAAACACUACAAGAAUCCAAUCCCACCGGAACCUUUGUAUAAUCACUUCUUCAAGGUUCCUCUGUACCAUGCAUUCAAUGGUCAGGCAAUAGACGAUAUAUUGCGCUGGACUUCUAAUGCUAAGUGUUCCGGAUUAGACAGAUAUCUAGAACCGAGCGUGCAACAGAUUUUGUACAAAGACGAAACAGACGAGGUGUUGGAUCUUGCAUCUUUAAAUAUUCAAAGAGGUCGUGAUCACGGGUUGCCUGGAUACAACGCCUACCGUCACGUGUGCGGCCUCAGCGUCGCAAGUCAUUUCGGUACAGGACCUGGAGGCCUUGUAGACAUGGACCCGGACACUGCCAUGCUUCUGAAAAAAUUGUACAAAUACACAGACGAUAUAGACAUUUUCACAGCCAUAAUAUCAGAGAGAAGGUACGACGACGCAUGGGUGGGACCUGUGGGCCAGUGUAUUAUCGCCAAAUUGUUCAAGCGUUUCAGAGACGGCGACAGGUUCUUCUUUGAGCGACCGGACCCAAAAUUUGGCUUCACGCCUUCCCAACUACACGAAAUUAGAAAGAUAACAAUGUCUGCAUUGGUCUGUGCAACCAUUGACAUGCUCGAAAUUCAAGAAAACAUUUUCAGGACUGACCAGAUGAAGAAACCUUGCGACCUGUACCCGAAAUUAAACAUGGACCUCUGGAAAACACACGCGUGAAAAUUAUCGAUUGCAAUCUUUAAUACAAGUCAUAUAGAACGAUGACAUCUCAAUUUCUAACUUAAAGCUAAGAUAAUAUUUUAAGAAUGUAUUGUGCUAUAUUCAUUUUUUUUUCAAAUACAUUAAAAAUGUGUAUUUAUUUUUAAGUAUUGAUAGCUGAAAACCACGCAAUAAAGUAUAUAUUCAAA